CAAGCGUUCAAUAACCAACAUGUCAGCGACCAUGUGAAAUGUUCCCGUAAUAAAUCUGCAUUUUUUUUACAUAAAAAAUGUCAAAGAAAAGCUUUAUUAAUAGGCUUGAAUCCAAGAAAAAGAAGGCAGCAGCUUUUAUCCAACUAAUUAAUUCCGAUGAAAGUUAUAUAAAAGCUAAGGAAGCAUCAAAAAUGCAAGACAAAGGAUCAACCUCGGGUUCAGGUACACAACAUAGCGAUAAACAGAAUACAUCCUCGGGUCAGGAAAGAAGUUUGUCCGAUGAAAUGUUUGCUGAGUACAAGAAGAUGAUGAGAGAGAAACAGAAGGCAGCUAUGUUGAAGCCAAAAGUGUUCCUGACUGUAGAUGAGCUUACCCGUGAUGAUCCUGUGCAGACGGAUAUAGGGGAAGUGAAGGUGGCGCCCCCACUCUUUAUGGCAGAUGUACAGCAUCUUCUGCUGUAUGCACUGCAAGGGAAGGAUGCCAGUAUCAAACCAAGAUGGUGUCGCCUAGUGAGAGUUGGCAAAGUUAGCAAAGUGGUUGCAGUUGUGUUAGAUUCUUUAAGCAGUGAGGAAUUUAAGAAAUAUCCAGAGUCUUUGCCCACACUUGUACAGGCAUUUGAUAUGCGUGUAGAGAUGGUAUCACCACUGCAGUAUGGUAGCUCAGUCCGGGAAGAUAUCAUGAAUGUACCUAUCAGUAUAACACAACUCAAGAAGAAGGGGCUUUUAGAAAAGAAAGGACCAAGUAAAAAGAACAGACAGGCAGUUGAAAAGAAUCCCAAUUCCAGAGUGGACAGACAGCUUUGGGCCACUGCAAAAACUCUGAAAUCUUUAGCAGAAAAUCCUUUAAAAUCAUUCCAUAAGGAAAAGCUGGGACAGAAAAGGAAGAGAUCAGAUGAUGAUGGUGAUGAUAAUGACAGCAAGAGAGUAAAGCCAGAUGAUGAUGAUGAUGAUGAUAAUGACAGCAAGAUAGUAAAGCCAGAUGAUGAUGAUGAUAAUGACAGCAAGAUAGUAAAGCCAGAUGAUGAUGAUGAUAAUGACAGCAAGAGAGUAAAGCCAGAUGAUGAUGGGAUGUAUGACGAUGUUGUGUCGACAUACGAGAUGGAUAAUUAUGAUCGACGAUGGUUAAUGUUGAACACGGCUCAGAUGAUAUGUGAGGGCAUUCCAACACCUAUCAAAACAGGGAAUAAAAGGUACAAAGACUAUGUGUUUUCAAAGAGAAAGUACAAGGAAGUGACAGACAAGAGUCCAUUGUUUGCUGUUGACUGUGAAAUGGUACAGACCAGGGCUUCAAUGAUGGAUCUUGCCAGAGUAUCAUUUGUUGAUGAGAAUCUACAAGUUGUUUAUGAUUCCUUUGUCAAACCAUGGGCACCUGUCACUAAUUAUGUCACACAAUUCAGCGGAAUAACCAAGGAAAUAUUAGAUCCGGUGACAACGAGACUACAAGAUGUUCAGUGGGUUAUACAGACAUAUCUCCCACCUGAUGCCAUUUUGUGUGGUCAGUCCAUCUGUGGGGAUCUAGCAAGUAUGAAGAUUUUCCAUCCAUAUGUUAUCGACACUAGUGUGAUAUAUAACCUGACUGGCAACAGAAGAGUUAAGUCAGGUUUGAAAAGACUGUCUUCUAUAUUUCUCAGAAAGGGUAUUCAGGAGGGCCAUGAGGGUCACAAUUCAGUGGAGGAUGCCCAGGCUACCAUGGAACUUGUGCUGCUAAAACUCAGAAACAACAUAGAGUUUGGUGAUAUAUCAAUGCUGGAGCCAGAUUUAUCAGAUUCUGUUAACGGUAGUAUUGCAAAUACUCCUAAUACAUCUGAUGGAGUAAACAAUCCUGAUGAGGAUGAUAAUAAACCUAUAGAGGAGGAUACUGAAAAUAACAGCAGAGACACAGAUGUAACUGAUACUGUUGAUGACGACACAAGUCCCACAAGGGAAAUAACUGAAAAAAGAAAUGAAAACACAAAUGCUAAAAGUGUAAUGGAAACUGAAAAUGAACAGAAAGGAAGUGAAAAUGUGACAGAUGUAGCAGAGAGUGGUUGUAAUCAAAGUGACAACAAAGAUGCAACACUAGAGACAGACAAGGCUACUAGUGAUAAACUUAGUGGACAAUGUGAAUCUUCCAAUUUAACUAAAACAUUAACGUCACACAAUAGGGAAAAUUCUGAUAUUUGGAAGAGAAGACUUUUCUUUCAAAAUGAAGGCAGCAAAUUCAUCGAAAAUUUUCUUCACAGAAUACAAAACCAGAGGUUGCAAAGGCGUGAAGGUGCAAUAAUAGAUGAACCUAGCAGUGUCAAUCUGUAUCCACAGUCCUUACCUAUAAUCACUUGUAAGAAAGAUAAAGACAGUGAAAGACAGACAUUAGAGAAAAUAAAGGAUGUAGGAUUUUGUUUCACACAUUUAUAUGGCUACAAGAAUUAUCUGAAAGAGAAUCAGUUAACCAACCAAUCAAAUGAUGAUGAGGAAACAAAGAAAUGUUUAUGGAAGUUGGAUCGUCGAUUUUGGAAAAUCAUGAUGGGAUUGCCUAGCAACAGUUUGUUUGUGGUGAUUUUACCUGGACGAGAAGAAAAUGGAAAUGUUUACUCUGCAAUGACUUUUGCAAAAAUCACUUGAUUAUAUGUCUGGCCAAGAAAAGUCUUGUUUGAAAUAAAGAAAUGUGGCAUUAGUGA